AUGGCUACCGCGACGUUGUCCCACUACGGCAAGGGCGCGCUCCGAGUAGCAAAGAACUACACCAAGGGCUACUCGCAUACCCAAACAAAGGUCCGCGAUGUGACCUCGAACGACCCUUGGCCGUCUUCUGGCAGGCAGAUGCAUGAAAUUGCGCAGUUGACAUACAAUCAGGAAGACUUCAUCGAAAUCAUGGAAGUUCUCGACAAACGUCUGAAUGAUAAGGGGAAGAACUGGCGACAUGUCUUUAAGUCCCUCACGCUCCUAGACUACUUGCUUCACACCGGCUCUAAAAACGUCAUAGCCUACUUCAAGGACAAUCUAUAUGUCGUCAAGACUCUCAGAGAAUUUCAAUACAUUGACGAGCAUGAGGUGGACGUCGGCGCAAACGUUCGACAGAAGGCCAAAGACAUCGUCAACCUGCUUCAGGAUGACUCGCGACUAGGGCAUGAGCGGCGGACUCGUGCGCAGAUGUACGAGCGACUUGCACACCCUCGGUCUUCGGCAGAUUCAGAUAUCACGGAUGAUGAGAACGUUGCAGGGCGCAGCACAGCAAUAAGGAGGGGCCCAGACGUCGAGGAUGAGGACCUGCGGAGAGCAAUCGAGGAGAGCAAGCGCACUCUAAACAGGGACCUGACUACUGCCGAGGAGCGGGACUUGCAGCGGGCAAUACAGCUGAGCAAGGAAGAAGAGGAACGGAGAGCAAAGGCUGUUGCAGAUUCGAGCUUGAUAUUGUUUGACGAAAACGGUCGGCAGCAGCCUGCGCCUCAGCCCCCCGCCCCGCUCAUAGACGCUACACUGCCGCUGCAGUAUGCGGCCACCGGCAUACAGCCUCAGUAUACGGCCAUGCCACUGCAGCCGCAAUUCACCUCAUUCAAUCCCUUCCAGCACCAAGUGGAGCAAGAGAUGAUGCAGGCAGCGUACUUGCAACAGCAGCAGCAGUGGGCUCUACAACAGCAAGCCUUGCAACAGGCGCACAAUUUUGCGCAGCAGCAAGCGCAGCAGGAAGAGUGGCUGCGUCAACAACAGGUCCUUCAGACGCAACCGCAAUGGCCUGUGGUGGCUCAGCCCACUGGCGUGCGCAUGGGAUCCAACAAUCCGUUCGCAUCAGCCCUCGCGUCGUCUUCAUCCUCGCCGCCUCGUGCAAUCGCCUCUGCUGGCCCGCAGCUCCAGCAACCCACCAGCUCCGUCAGAUUCAACCUCACCGGCACGUAUGCGCAGCGUCAGAACGCCGCCAGCGCGCCGCCCUCGGCAUUCCAUGAGCAGCCCUUGCGAUCGCCGCCAACACAACCACUCACGGGCACGACAGGGGCUCCCUCGUCCAAAGCAGACCAGCAGCACAGUCAUCUCGCGAGCUUGUUCGCGAAUCGCGCAGAUGACGGCAUCGACACUUUUGGUAACAUCGGUCCGCUUCGAUUCAUGUCGACGGAGGCAGGACGUGUGGUUGCGCAGAAGACGGGAACGGCUAGCCAUAACCCCUUCCUACAACAGCAGCCCAGUCAGCAGUCGCAGAGCGAUGAGACUCUCAUUCAACUGUGA